AUGGGGAAGAGAAUUACCCCGUCGGGGAAUCAGGGAUGGGGAAUCCCCGUCUCCGACGGGGACGGGGAGGGGCAUCCCCGCCCCCGCCCCGUUACCACCCCUAGCUCAAACAUACAUGUCUUGUUUGAUGAUUCUACUUUACAUGAGGAUGCAUGCUUAGAUUAUAUUCAUAAAGUAGAAAAGAACCAAUCCCUGUCAUUUGCUAAUGCUCAUUGGAGCAAGCGGAGACCUCCUCUGAGGGGGUUGGGAAGGCCUGCUAAGCGUUUUCUAAUAAAAGACUUUUUGAACCUUCACUUUGCAGACAUUUGUUGUUUACAAGAGUCCAAAUUGGAAUCCAUUCCGGAGGCAAUUUGGAGGGAGAUCGGUGGACCUCGGUUGGGUGACUUUGGCGUUUCUGUUGACUUCUACUCCAAAAGAGACAAUUUCCAUUGGAGAUGUACCUCGGUCCACGGGCCAAAUGCGCGACAUCUAAAGACUGUCUUCUGGGAGGAGAUUCGAGGAUGUUGUGUUCCCCCUGAGUUACCUUGGGUGAUUUACGGGGACUUCAACGCCAUCUUUUUGGUGGCGGAUAAGAGAGGGGGGCCGCCGAACUUAAUGGAUAUCCGUGAUGCAUCCUCCUUCCUUAAUGAUUUGAAUCUCUUUGAACCCCCGAUGGUUGGUCGGCGGUUUACGACUUGGGCUGAGCUUUUUCCUAGAUUGAUCCAAAAUUGCCUCCCUCGAUUAGGUUCCGACCACAUUCCUAUUAGACUUGAGGUUGGGAUGCACUGUGCUAAUCCUAGGCUUUUCCGAUUCGAAUUAGCUUGGACCUCGGUGGACAGCUUCGCCAAUUUAGUGUCUCAAUGGUGGACUAGUAUCAACCCGCAUGGGUGUGGGGCUUUUGUUUUGGCCAAAAAAUUGGCGUGGCUCAGGGAUAAAUUGCGCAUUUGGUCCAAGGAGAGUUUCGGUUCUAUUAAAUUGCGUAAGUUGGCCUUACUCCAUGAUUUGGAGCUGUUGGACAUCAUCAAAGAAUCGAGGACGCUUACUUCUGAGGAAGCUCAGACCGAGUUUGGUUUGUGGGAGAGAUUAGGGGGGAUCUGCAAACAAGAGGAGAUGUACUGGAAACAGCAAUCCGUACUCACGAUGGUCUCGAGAGGUGAUGAAAAUACUAAGUAUUUUCAUUCAGUAGUAAAUAGCAGGAAAAACACAAAUUUUUUACCUUAUGUCAGGGUUGGCAAUGAGUCCUUUUCUGAGGCUAGGGAUAUUGGGAAAGUUUUUGAAACUCGCUUCCGGGCUCUAUUUGAGGAAGUUAAAAAGGCAGUUUUUGACUUAGGUAGUGACAAAGCGCCGGGUCCUGACGGGUUCCCUAUGAUGUUCUGUAAAACCUUUUGGGAGAUUGUCAAAGUGGAGGUUAUGAAUCUAUGCGAAGAUUUUUUUUCAGGGAAGGCGAACUUAGAAUGUAUUAAUUGGGCGAGUAUUGCUCUCAUUCCUAAGAUCUCGAGUCCGGCGUCUCCGAGUGACUAUCGGCCUAUUAGUCUGAUUAAUUCUUCCCUGAAAAUCAUAUCUAAGAUUCUGGCCUCGCGACUCAGUAUGGUGAUAGAUCCUUUGGUGGAUAACGUUCAGUCGGUUAUUUUAAAAGAGAGAUGCAUAUUAGACAACAUCGCUACGGCCGAGGAACUUUUAUUCAGUAUCCACAAGAGAAGAUUGGAUCUCCAUGUUCUAAAAGUGGACUUUGCAAAAGCCUUUGAUUCAGUUGACUGGGACUUCUUGUUUGAACUUUUGAAAGUCAGGGGAUUCGGGGCCAGAUGGUUAGGGUGGAUUCAAUCGCUCCUGAGUACGUCGAAAGCAUCUAUUCUCAUUAAUGGGUCCCCCAAAGGAUACGCUAGAUAUCAGAACGGCCUAAGGCAAGGUGACCCUCUCUCGCCAUUGCUUUUUAUAUUGGUUACGGAUAUUCUGAGUGCAAUGUUUGAGAAUGCGCUUAAUUCACGCAUUUUGAUUGGAGUUCCUGUUGGGGAGCUUGGUAGCAUGUGUAACUUACAUUAUGCGGACGACCUUCUGAUCCUGACCACUGGUGGGUCUGAAGACCUGAAGGUUAUUAAGCUGAUCUUGUUGGUGUUUGAAGGGCUUUCGGGCGAGGAAACCAACUUUGCCAAGACAUGUUUAUUCUCUACAAACUUGAACCAGCUUCCUGAUGUUCGCGUAGCUAAGACUUUUAGCUGUGAUGUGGGUCUUUUCCCUGUCAACUAUCUGGGCAUUCCGAUUUCUGGCAGGCAUCCUUUUGCUAGCAAUCUAAACUCUUCUGUUGGUCUUGAUAAGGACGCUAGACUUUGGAGUCUGGCUACUAAUGGAUCUUUCUCGAUCAAAUCGUUCUACGAACAUCUUAAUGAUGGGGGACUUCGAUGCUCAAUGGCUAAAGCCUUUUGGAAAGGACCUUGUCCUAGGAAGGUUAAUAUCCUUAACUGCUCCGGAGGGAUUGAGAUCGACUCUUGA